AUGCGUUCUCCAGUUAGAAGAAGAUCGGUCCUAUCAAGCAAAAAUAUCAAUACCAGUGAAAGUAGCAGUGUUCAUCAAACACCUAAACUGAAUAGUCGCUAUUCUCCAUCCAAAUCCUCGUCUCUGUCUCCUAUAAGGCGAAAUAACUCUACUUCUAGUAGAAGUAGUCCGAAGAAAGUCAAUAAGUCGCCGAGAAAGGCUUCAAUUAGUGGCAGUCCUAUCAAACAGAACGUUCUCUCACAGCUAAAAUUCGAAUUCUUCGAAGAGUCUUCUAAUGACAAAAUUACAACAUUGAGUCAGCACACUCAUGUCGUAUCCUCCUCUAAUGAAAAGGAAAAUCUACAUACAAGCUCACCAAACACCAAAAGGAUGGACCGUCCCCAUGGUUCUCCUUUAAAAGAGCUCAGCUUUAAAGAAUUCCCUGGAUACAUUCAAGAUCCAAAAAAUGACCAAAUUAUCGCUCUAGAUGACGAUUUUUCAAGUUCUUCAGGAUCUGACAGCAUGUAG